AUGGGCCUGCCUGUGUAUGAAGAAAUGGCUGAAAUUACUCUUAAUUGCAUUGUGAAAGAAUUCCCUCAUAAUAUUUUCGAUAUCACUAUUGAUAAGAACAAAAAUGUUCUUAGGCUUAAGGAUAAGAUCAAAGAAAAAAUGCCGAAUUCAUUUCAGAAUAUCGAUAUCAUCGGUAUUAAAGUAUGGUUUGUGCAAGUUCGUCAAGAUAAUAAUAGGCUUAACCAACUUGGCGACCCUAGUGUAUCGGUGGAAAGUGUGCUAGGUGAAAAGGAUGUAUAUGAAGCACAGCGUGUAUUGAAUAAGAUCGAGCUAUUUUUAAAGGAUAUAAAUAUAAAUAAUGAUGAUAUUCACGUCAUUGUUCAAGGUAAAGAAAAGUGGUGCUCCGUAUGUGACGCUCCAUUUGAGGAUAUCAAUCUUUUGAAAAACCAUGAAAAUGAUCAUUUACACUUCAUUGUUUCGGGUGGAAUAUUAAUACCCGUAAAAAAAAAGCUGGUUAAGGAUGGAGGUGAUACUCCUUAA